GUACAAACUAAAAUUAAAUAUAAAUUAGUGUAAUUGUGUGCCUCCAUGGUCCAUAAUGCUUUAGGAAAUGUUUGCAUAAAACGUUCACAUUGCUCACAAUAUCUAUGUAAUAGCCGAUAAGUAUAUUUAUCCCGUCGCACGACGUGGUCGCAAAACAAUUGGGUUUCGAUUUUUCGACUUGUAUUGUUGUAAACGCACCUGUGUUUUACUCAUUUAAACAGGUGUUGACUACAAAGUCAGCUCCAUGUUUAAGUUACAAUACAUGAGGUUACGAUCACGGUACAUGCUUUUCUGCUUCAUUGCCGUCUUUUCGUUUAGCAUUUUGUUCCUAAUGUUUCAAAACAGUCUGAGCCGGCCAGCCAUCGAGACCCUGGUCACUGAAACACACAAGCAGAUUAACAACUUCAAAAACUUCAAAGACAAUUUGAAGGUGGCCGAGCAAAAGGAGUUGGUGGUCAAUGAAGACUAUCUGUACGCAUUGGGUUUUGUUGAAAAACCGGCUAUUUAUCCAGACUCAUCUUGGAAAAACUCUACUCUUCCCAUUGUAGUCACAUACGUGUUGGACGGGGAACACAGUCAAGCUAUUGGGCUUGUGACAUGUGUAGCCAAAUACUUACCUGACCGUGCUAUACUUGUAUACAACCUGGGAAUAUCUGACUACCAACUCAUCCUUAUGCAAUCAUUUUGUAAUAACAACACCCGGUGUACAAUAAUCGAUUUUGAUCUAUCAAAAUUUCCAUCUCAUGUAAGCCGUACACAUAUCAAAGCAUAUCGGCCUCUUGUGUUACAGGAUGCUUUGAAUCGCGCUGGUGCCGUGAUGUUUCUCGAUCCAAAUGUUCGGAUAAUAUCUCCAAAUGUUUCAAAACUUUUCACCCUCUACAGCAACAAAUCAAUUGUCGGCUGGGAGACAAGGAUGGCCACAACAACACUCACACACCCCAAAAUGUUUGAUUACUUUCGAACACCUGCAGACAAUUUUUUCUUUCUUCCCCUCGUCCUAGUCAAUAAACUUAUUGUGUACAAUACUCUUGAYAUGCAUCAAGACAUCAUGUUACCAUGGAUUCAAUGUGCGCUCAUCAGUGAAUGCAUAUCCCCCAUAGGRGCGCAGACCAAAGGGUGUAGAUAUGAUAAGAAACCACAGUACAGAUAUUCAAGUUGUCACGGGUAUGACAUGUCAGCAUUCAACAUUGUGUUAGGUAUACACUAUCAGUUUGAUAGUACACCUUAUGUAAUCAAAGAAAACGAAGAUGAUUUUUUCACUCAAGUUUCCACUAGUGAAGCUCAAAAAGAUCUGCAAAACUUGAUUUUAAACAUAACAGACACACCAGCAGUGACGUGAUUAUAUACGUCCAAUAAGUAUUCAGCUAAAUGAUCUUAAUCCGUUACAUAACCUAGUUAGCGGAUAAACAUUGACCAAAAAUUUUAAAUCCUAUAUAUUUUAAUACUGUGGUAAUUAAACAUUAGGUUUCAAAAAUGUGCUACUUAAUAUCUAUAUUAAUAUUUUAAACAUCAUUAUUGAUCAAGGUCAUAGAAUAUCAUAAUUAACAGUGAAAACCUAUGAACAUCAGACAAUCAUUGAUAUUAAAAAAUCAAUUCACUGUACAAAUCUUGGGUAUUAAGGAAGUUAACAUACUUUUAUUGUGAUAAUAUAAAAUGUGUUGAGUAUCGGAGGCUUUUGCUGUUUAGAAGUAACUAAAAGAUUUCCAGCGUUAUUAAUUUCUAUUUACAAUUAUUACRUAUAGGUAUUUAGAUUCUGAAAAUUAUUUUAAAUUCUCUUCACUCUUCAAAGURUCAACUGUUGCAUUUACAUUAAUUAAAUUWAUUGAAAAUUUUAUUUACAUGGUACAAAGUCAAUAUUAUUUAAGCAAAUAUUUUUUACCUAACCAUUAUUGAUGUAUGAUUGUUUUAUAGUAUGUAACAUUGUGUUGUAAGUACUUUUAGGGUUGCCAUGUUCUGUAUAAUCAUAACUGCUUUAUUUUAUGCACUAAACUUUAAAACUGGUCAGUACUACAUGCCUAUAUCAAAAGAUACCAAUUGGAUCAUCCAAGGUCUUAGAAAUGCCAACAUUUUGGCAAAUCCUAAUAACAUGAACAUUUAUUUUGUGAUAGUAUAUAAGUGUUAAAUUAUUGUUAACAGUUUCUUUUUAACCACUAAAUUGCCUAUUUUUUUAAUGUCAGUAUGGUUAAAGUUCCUUCAGUAUUUGUUUUUUGUUUAAUUUCUUUGAGUUAAUCUUAUAUUUAUUUAAUAACUUUUUACACCUAAUCUAAUUCAAAGGUGGUAAAGAAAUCAAAACAUAACAAUUGGUUUGAGGA